CCGGGCUCCCCUGCCAUGUCUCCCGCCCGGCUCCGGCCCCGACUGCGGUUCUGCCUGCUCCUGCUGCUGCUGCUGGUGCCGGCGGCGCGGGGCUGCGGGCCGGGCCGGGUGGUGGGCAGCCGGAGGCGGCCGCCGCGCAAGCUCGUGCCGCUCGCCUACAAGCAGUUCAGCCCCAACGUGCCGGAGAAGACGCUGGGCGCCAGCGGGCGCUAUGAAGGCAAGAUCGCGCGCAGCUCGGAGCGCUUCAAGGAGCUCACCCCCAACUACAAUCCCGACAUCAUCUUCAAGGACGAGGAGAACACGGGCGCCGACCGCCUCAUGACCCAGCGCUGCAAGGACCGCCUGAACUCGCUGGCCAUCUCCGUGAUGAACCAGUGGCCCGGCGUGAAGCUGAGGGUGACUGAAGGCUGGGAUGAGGACGGUCACCACUCUGAGGAGUCGCUGCACUAUGAGGGCCGCGCGGUGGACAUUACCACUUCGGACCGCGACCGCAAUAAGUACGGACUGCUGGCGCGCUUGGCAGUGGAGGCCGGCUUCGACUGGGUGUAUUAUGAGUCCAAGGCCCACGUGCACUGCUCCGUCAAGUCCGAGCACUCUGCUGCGGCCAAGACAGGUGGCUGCUUUCCUGCUGGAGCCCAGGUGCGCCUAGAGAGCGGGGCACGUGUGGCCUUGUCAGCUGUGAGACCCGGAGACCGGGUGCUGGCCAUGGGGGAGGAUGGGAACCCCACCUUCAGUGACGUGCUCAUUUUCCUGGAUCGCGAGCCAGACAGGCUGAGGGCCUUCCGGGUCAUCGAGACCCAAGACCCCCCGCGCCGCCUGGCACUCACGCCCGCCCACCUGCUCUUCACCGCCAAUAAUCACACAGAACCAGCGGCCCACUUCCGGGCCACAUUUGCCAGCCAAGUGCAGCCUGGCCAGUACGUGCUGGUGGCCGGGGUGCCGGGCCUGCAACCUGCCCGAGUGGCAGCCGUCUCCACACACGUGGCCCUGGGGGCCUAUGCCCCACUAACAAGGCAUGGGACGCUGGUGGUGGAGGAUGUGGUGGCCUCCUGCUUCGCGGCCGUGGCUGACCACCGUCUGGCUCAGUUGGCCUUCUGGCCCCUGCGACUGUUUCACAGCUUGGCGUGGGGCAGCUGGACCCCGGGGGAGGGUGUGCACUGGUACCCCCAGCUGCUCUACCGCCUGGGGCGGCUCUUGUUGGAAGAGGGCAGCUUCCACUCGCUGGGCAUGGCUGGGCCAGGGAGCUGAGAAGACCCCUUCACUGCCCUCCUGCAGCUGCCUAACGUGGUCCAAAGGCCUUCCCGCCGAGAGGACACUGGCCCUGAAAGGGACCCGAGUGGGGGGCACUGGUUCCCACCAUCUCCUCUUUCACAGACACACCAUGGAGACUUGACUGGGCAAUGCCAGUGUUGACCACCCCACCUCGAUGUAGGGACAGAGCUACAAGCUAAGCUGGUUGGGAGGGAGUGGUCUAUCUUUCUAUUCUAGAGACCUCUUGAGGCUGGCACAGUGGAUUCCCCCACCUGGCCAGCUCUCACUUCGAUUUUUCAUACCUGCCUCCCCCAAUGGGGAGGGCCCAUUCCAUCUGUCUGAGGCCCCUCGUAGGUGGGCUUGCACCUCAGUCGAUGCUGCUAGAUUCCCUGGGAGCCAGCAGGGAGCUGGCUGGACUCAACACCUGCUGCCCAGAACUGAGAAGGCCGCAGGGUGGGGCAGCCAGUCUGGCCAUCCUGAGGCAUGACCUUCCUCCCUGGCCACACUCCUCGGGACAGAGACUGUUGCUGUCAGUGGGCAGAGUUCCUUGUUCCAGCCAAUGUGAUCAUAGUGCCCAGGACCAGGGGAGCAGGCUGGAUGUCCUUCUGCCCCUGCCCAGGCUACGCUCCCUGUUCUGCUGAACCAUGACCCUCACCCCCCUCUCCGGUCAGUCUCCCCCACCUUAUUUAUUGGCUCGGAGGGGGAAGCCCAUGGGAGAAUUUUGGGGAUGUUUUGGUCUUUUCUUCCUUUUGUAAUAAAAAUUAUUUAAGUUGUUAGAGCCAUAGAGUCUAGGAUGCUGAGCAGGGCCAACACAGAGUCUGGAGCCACGGGUGGGUCGGUUCAAGGGUGUGCUCACCUUCUUCCAAGGACAGAAACUCCCAUGCUCCCACCUUUACUACAGGCCCUUCUUCACCCAGAAGCCCAGCAAAGUUGCCACAGAGAACUGGGCUCUGUGCCAGGCAAGACCUUCCCAUGCUGAUCUCAAAGUCUGCCCUAAACACUGUUGGACCAGAGAGAGAAUGGAGGUAACUAGCCCAUGGUCACUUCACUCAUCUAGAACCACCUCACUGGGCCUGUCGAGGCACUUUUCCUGCUUACUCAAGUCUUUCUCGGGGCCUGUUUCUCAUCCUUCGGUGUGAAUAACGGACCAAUGGUAUGAGCAGAUUUUGUAGAAUUCACAUCUGCCUUGUGGCCCCUUCUGACUUCUUGGAGAACUCAGGAGUCCCUAA